UGCCUGGAGCCUCAGUCAGCUGCGGGAGAGGUGCAUUGAAAUGUAUUAGCAGCUGUGAGCGAAAUCUCAGUAGGAAUUUGCGUUCUGUCGGGUUUUGUUCGCUGCGUAAUACGCAUUUUCGCAUGAGAGUUUGUACGGUUUUUCUUUUUUCCGAUGUAACGAGUUAGCUUGAUGCGGCUUUUGCGUAUGACCAGUGCAGGAGAAACAUGGAACAUAUUCCGACUCGGAAAAUAACGUGGGUUUUAAAUCUCAUCGACAUCGCGCACUGGCUUUUCCAACUGCCUUGUUUGGGAUAGCAACUGAGCCAUACAGACUGUAGCUUCAGUUGUGCUAGAUAGGUGGCCAGCUAACUAGCUAGCUGGUUAUAGUUUUUUUGCAGAAAAUAUCCGGAGGAGCUGCUUUGUUUUGCGUUUGACUGCGCAUUAGUCUCAUCCGAAAAAAGAUUGCAAGUUUUCAUUAGCAAUAUAGCUAGCUGUCCAGCCCGUCAAUCCUGAUCACCAGCUUGCGUGGUUGUGGAAAAUGGAGGCUGUUAUUGAAAAAGAAUGCAGUGCGCUUGGAGGACUUUUUCAGACGGUAAUCAGCGAUAUGAAGAGCAGUUACCCAGUCUGGGAGGAUUUUAUCAGCAAGGCUGGGAAGCUACAGUCACAGCUCAGGACGACACUGGUUGCAGCUGCUGCCUUCCUGGAUGCCUUUCAGAAAGUGGCUGACCUGGCAACCAGCACGCGAGGUGGCACCAGGGACAUCGGCUCGGCCCUCACCAGGAUGUGCAUGCGCCACAGGAGCAUCGAGGCCAAGCUGCGCCAGUUCUCAGUGGCUUUUGCCGACUGUUUGAUCAACCCCCUGCAAGAGCAGAUGGAGGAGUGGAAGAGAGCAGCCAACACAUUGGACAAGGACCAUGCCAAAGAGUACAAGAAAGCACGACAGGAGAUCAAGAAGAAAUCCUCUGACACACUAAAGCUUCAGAAGAAGGCAAAGAAAGCUGAAGCUCUGGGGAGGGGGGACAUACAGCCCCAGCUGGACAGCGCCAUGCAGGACGUGAGUGACAUGUACCUGCUGCUGGAGGAGACGGAGAAGCAGGCUGUGAGGAAGGCCCUCAUCGAGGAGAGGGCACGCUUCUGCGCCUUCGUCUCCAUGCUGAGGCCUGUCGUGGAUGAGGAGAUCUCUAUGCUAGGGGAAAUCACCCAUCUACAGACCAUUUCAGAUGACCUGAAGGCCCUGACCAUGGACCCACACAAGCUGCCCCCCACCAGCGAGCAGGUUAUUUUGGACUUAAAAAGUUCAGACUGCAACUGGUCCUACCAGACUCCCCCAUCCUCGCCCAGCACCACUAUGUCCAGGAAGUCUAGUAUGUGCAGCAGUCUGAACAGCGUAAACAGUAGCGACUCCCGGUCCAGCGGGUCGCACACUCACUCUCCCUCCUCACACUAUCGCUACCGCAGCUCCGCCCUGCCUCUGCAGGCCCCCGCCCGCCUCUCCAGCGUCUCCUCCCACGACUCCGGCUUCAUCUCGCAGGACGCCUUCCAGUCCAAGUCCCCCUCACCCAUGCCCCCCGAGACCAUCCCGCAGACCCCCUCCAGCUCUGCCUCCUCGGACGCCUCUGAGACCUGCCAGUCAGUGAGCGAGUGCAGCUCCCCCACCUCUGUUGGCUCUGGCACCACCAUGGCUGGGGCCUUGGCCUCUGCUGACAAGUUGUCAAAUGGUUAUGAUCAUUAUGGACCCGCUGAUCCACCCUACCUGGCUGGAAUAGGCUCUGCAGAGCAUUUUUCCUAUUUCCCUCCCCCGUCCUCUUCCUCUUCCUCCUCACCCUCGCGGGCGUGGGCCCGGUCUGGCUCCGCCCUGCUUGCCGAUUACCCACUGUAUUGCACCCUGGAGCCAGGCAUGAUCCCCUCUUCCAAAGUCCCCAGCUGGAAGGACUGGGCCAAGCCAGGGCCCUACGACCAGCCUAUGGUGAACACCCUGAGGAGAAACAAGGAGAAGCGAGAGCCAGCGGACCCUGGCACCCCCCCAGUCACACAGAGUGGGGGAGGCACCUCGCCAGGGGAGGACCCCCAGAGGGCCAGGAGCUUGACUGUGUCCUCCACGCCCAAGGCAGAGGAGAUGGAGGCCCAUGAGGAGCUGGCUCUGGCUCUUGCCCGGGGGCUGCAGCUGGACACGCAGCGCUCCAGCCGGGACUCCCUGCAGUGCUCCAGCGGGUACAGCACCCAGACCACCACCCCCUGCUGCUCCGAGGACACCAUCCCCUCCCAAGUGUCCGACUAUGACUAUUUCUCAGUUGGCGGGGACCAGGAAGUGGAACAGCAGGACUUCGAUAAGUCCUCCACCAUCCCGCGUAACAGUGACAUCAGUCAGUCCUACCGCAAGAUGUUCCAGACCAAGCGGCCAGCCUCCACAGCCGGCAUACCCUCCACCACAGGGCCGGUCAUCGUCACCCCGGGUGUGGCCACCAUCCGCCGCACGCCCUCCACCAAGCCCGCCAUGCGCCGGGGGGCGGGGGGCAGCGGGCCCAUCCCCAUCAAGACGCCCGUCAUCCCGGUGAAGACGCCCACCGUUCCGGAGCUGCCAGCCAGCUUCCCCGGCGGGCUGGGCGGCGGGGUCGAAGAGAGCGAGGAGCCGCUGAGCCCGGAGGACGGGGGUCCGGAGGGGGGCGAGGCCUGCGCGGACCCGCCCCAGCCCCCACCUCAGCCUGAGGCUGCUGAGUGUGAGAGCGGGACCCUUCCGGAGGACAUGGACUCUCUCCCCCUGCAGGGAGAGGACAUGCUCCUGACCAUCCGCCGUGGGGUCAAGCUGAAGAAGACUCUGACCAACGACCGGUCUGCACCACGUGUCCUAUGAAGCCACAGAUCCCAGCAUCCGGGCAGAGGAUCACACCACGCUCAAACCUAAGUUCACAGCCAACAGGGCUGUCUCCAUUCCAGUUCCUGUGGGGUGCAAAAAGAACUGUCGUUUUUUUGUUUUUUUUUUUUCUUGCGCUGAGGUGGAGGGGGGAAUGCAGUGUUGUGGGGAAGGUGGAGGGGAGCAGCUGGUUGACAGUUUUCAAGAUAAUGAAAAGUUGAUUGCUUUUUUUGGUUGAAAUCUGUACAUCUGUACAUACGAACAUAUUGUAGCAUUUUCAGUUUCAGCUGUUAUGUUGUUCCCCUUACUUCCUCAUUCCCUCUUCCAGAUUCGGACACAAAGGUGCCAAACGCUUUGAAGCGUUGAAACGUGUUGGAAAUGAGUAUUUUACAAGAUGGAUCUUCCUGGAAGCAUUGAUAUUUACGAAAGUUUGGUUUUAAAUUCAGAGACUAAAGCCUAAACUCCUUGGGGGUAUGGACUGAUCAAAUGAUUUCUCUUUGUUUCACCUUCAAUUUUCCAAGAUUAUUACAAAGGCAAGCUCAAGUAGCUCUAGUGCUCAGUAUUAGAAGGGUACUCAUUUCAAAGAGUGGAUGCCUCCAUCAGUAAAUGGUAAGCAAUAUGAAUUGGUUGCACAUUUAAUUUGAAUGUGCCCUUCCAGAAAACAAUUGUGCCACAACAUUGUAAGAUAAAUAUAAAUGUAGAAAUUCAUGUGGGUCCUAAAGCUAACCCCCCUGAAAGGGGAGAAAGGAAUCUAAAGGCAUGUAAAGCAAUGUUUAAAAGACAUAAAAAUGCCAUAUUGGAUUAUGGCAUUUUAUACUGAGUGUUUUAUAGAUUUUUCUUUUUUGUCCUAUAAACAAUGGAUCCAUAGUACCUGCUGCAGCAGUACUUCAAGUUAAUAUAAAUCCCUCAUGUUGGAAAAUGUAUCUGUUCCUUCUUGUGAAGAGGAUAUCUAAUUUAUGAAAGAUUAAAAACAAUUUAUAUGUGUAGACAAAUAUAUUCACAAGCAAUCACAGUAGUUGUUUAAAAUUCAACUGUAACCAAAAUUUGGUUUCGAUCGAAGCACUGAUACGGAGCCGUCUAUAAAACUGUAAAUAUUUAAUGGGACUGAAAAUCCAGGGGCUUAAUUUAUUCUCUUUACAGCUGUCCAUGUUGUACUCUUCACAUAAAUGAAUCGGCUUUUUUCAUGCAUGUGCUGUGAGAUUAUAUUAAGUUAAUAGACUUUGCAUUUUGAGGUAUUCCGUUAUGAUGUACAGAGAAGCUCGCCUAAGCUUCCUGCCUUGUUGCUUUUACUUUAUUAUGUAUUAGCAGAGGGCACUUUUUAACCUUGCUGACUGAAAGACUCGGAGAGGGCCCAUCUUUGCCUGGUCCGUGAAAGUGAGCUGGUGACAAUGGUGGCCAUUUUGCCAGUCCGUAGCAGUGAGAUUUAUGAAUUAAUUCAGCGUUAAUUUCACUUUGUCUGUAAACUUUGCUGAUUCUCAAACAAUCUGUGCAUACUGAUCCAGGGAUGUAGAAGCAGGAGCCUGCUGAGCUGAUUGAGCCCAAUCAUUGCCACCAGGCAUACACACACACAACCACUCACAGUUGCAUCGUGUUUGACUGUUAAUUUAUGGCAAGCUCUCUUAACUGUGAAGCUCUACUGCUGCCGCUACUCAGGAGACUACUGAGUGGCUCAAGACAAACCAGGAGAUAACUCCUGAUGCAUUACCCCACUCACGCACUAUUGUCUCUGUGACUGUGAACUUACCAUAGCUUUACUGCCGGAGCCACACAGCAUGCCCACAGUAAUGCGCUGUAGGCUCUCCAAUGCUCUGGUCAUAGAUCAGAUUCGCACACGUUUUGCAGGGAGUUUUGUUCCCCAUUAAGUCAGUAGCGCUGUAAUUAUCGUUCAAAGAGCAUUUGGAUCCUCUGCUUCACUUCAUGUUGUGUUCUUCACUUGCUCCCCCUAGUGGAAUUACACUCCAUUGGUACCGGCACUGAACUUAAAAGUGGACGUUUCUGUUUUUGUGUUGAAGCCACAAUGUAAUAUAACCAAGUAGGUCAGUAGAACUCUACAUUUUUAACCACUAUUCAACUCACAUGCCCCUUUUGACCAAUAUUAAUGGGAAAAAAUUACCAUUAGCAUUUGUUUAUUUUGCUAGUACAGAGUAGUAGCAAUAAUGCCAUAAUUCCUGCACCUAGUUCAAUUCAUAAUUCAUGCUUAGAGUAAACAUUUCAGAUAUUGUAAAAAAAAAAAUCUUGAAUUAGACAAUCGAUAUACGAGUAGACCACUAAGGUAGUGAGUUGCUUGUAUGCCAAGCAAUCCAGUUACAUUGUGAAACCACUGGUGGAGAGUUGCUAUAAAAAUGGGUGAGCACUUAGCUGUGGGGGGGACACAAGCAUUGAAGUAUUCAUGGGAACCAAUUUAAACGCUUGAGCAUUUCAAAUGUCCUUACUGCAUUACUGCUUCAAUGACUCUGUGGUCAUUUUAAGUCUGCAGGAAUCUAGGUUUGGAAAUUACCAUGUUGUCAACCAUGAACUACGUUGUUUGAAGUGGGUUGGUGUAAGGGAAAACAGUGCUGCCCUGGCUACUGUUCAGGCUGUAAAAAGCCAGCAACUUCAUAUGCAUUGCCUCUUUAAACAUCAAUGUUAGGUUUCAUUUUGCAAGGUUUACCCUGUUAGGUUUUCGUCCUGCCCCCUGGUUGUAGAAAUGAUCAGUAUACAGUGUAUUAACUAAAGCAUGUCCAUUUCUCAUGUAAGACCCGCUUCUAAAAUUGUGAAAACUCAAGGUAGUUGAUGCAGUGUGCAUAUGAUGCUAAAUACCUGUAUGUGGUUAUUGUCUCAAUCAUUACAGACAUGUUUUGAUAUUGUCAGUGUAAGAAACUUUAGUUGUUUUAACUGCUUUCCCAAGUACAGCCAUUAAUGUUUAGAUAUGUUCAAACCAUAUCUCUAGUUUUCCUUUUCUGAAGUUGCCAAACUUUGUGUGUAAGAUGAAGAUAUAGUUUGUGUUUUUUCAUAUUGUAAAGGCAGACUGUCACACUUAAGAUGCUGUGUUACCAAGGGUUUAGUUGCUUGUUUGGACUGAGAGUUGAACUCUUUCCCUGUGCGGUUCUCAGAAAUCUGUAAAUUGAUCCAUUUCUGUAAUGUCAGUUUUCCCUGUGGAAUUACUGCU